AGAGAGGCUUUCUGCGCCGGGCGUUGUUUAAAAAAAGAAGACAAGAUGCCCCCGACUCUCUUCCAGAAACUUUUCAACAAGAGAAACGCGUUUUCGUCGCCGCCGCCGAGAUGCAGCAGAGAGGACCCCGCUUUCAGACAGAAAUCCUCCACCAUCUUAUCUGUGGGUCCAGUCCCCUGUCAUCUCCUCCUUACUCAACCAGGGAAGGGACUGGGUUUCUCGUAAACCACAGGGGACUGCCAGAGUCCUGUGGUGACCUGCAAGUACACACACUGGCCACUUCCCCAGCUGGAGCCCAGUCAGAUCAGGUUGAUAGUGUACCAGGACUGUGAGAGGCGUGGCAGAAAUGUCCUCUUCGACUCCAACGCCAAAAAGAGGAGCACGGAGGAAACUCCCAUCACCACAACUGAGGCCCAGGUCAAGAUGUUCGGGAAAUGCUGCCAGCUCCGACCCACAGGUGGCAGCAGCAGUUCCUUGGACAGCUCCUCCUCGUGCACCUCUGAAACCAAAGACACCAAAGAGCAGGGUCUCCGCUUCCAGGGUUCGAGGUGUUCGUCCGAUGUGGUGAUGUUGGGGGAAAUGAUGUUCGGCUCUGUUGCCAUGAGUUACAAAGGCUCCACACUAAAAAUCCACCAGAUCAGAUCACCACCUCAGCUGAUGCUGAGUAAGGUCUUCACCGCCAGGACAGGAGGCAGUGUGUACGGCAGCCUCAACACGUUACAGGACAGCCUGGAGUUCAUUGGACAGGAUGGCAACACCUUAAGGCCUGAUCAAAACACGGGGCCCAACAGUCUAUUAGGAAACAUAGGACUUUCGCAGCUCUGCAGCCCUCGCCGGGCCUUCUCUGAACAGGGCCCUCUGCGCCUCAUCAAGAGCGCGUCUUUCUUUUCAGGCCACAGUCACCCGAUGGACAUGCCUGGCCGAGGGCUGUACGACGAGAGGGACAGCGGCAUCGCCCGGUCAGCUUCUCUAAGCAGCCUGUUGAUCACCCCCUUCCCGUCUCCUGGCUCCUCUCUGACCAGCAGCUGUGCUUCCAGCUACCAGCGCCGAUGGCUCCGCAGCCAAACCACCAGUCUGGAGAAUGGUGUUUUCCCCCGAUGGUCGGUGGAGGAGAGCUUCAACAUGUCUGAUGAAAGCGGGGGGCCGAGCCUCGGCGUAGCCAGGAAGAAGAAGAUCGCCAUCGGAGUCAUCUUUACGCUGUCCCCCAAUACCGAGGAGAACAACCGCUUCCAGGAUUUCUUCUUCUCCCACUUCCCUCUGUUUGAAAGCCACAUGAACAAACUGAAGAGCGCAAUCGAACAGGCCAUGAAGAUGAGUCGCCGGUCAGCUGAUGCCAGUCAGAGGGCCUUGGCUUACAGCCGCAUGAUGGAGGGACUCAACGAAUUCAGGAUGACCAUCUGCGACCUAUACACCAUGCCUCGGGUGGCUGAGCCUGUCUGGUUGACCAUGAUGUCUGGGGCAUCGGAGAAGAACCAGCUCUGCAGUCAGUUCAUGAGGGAGCUCUCCCUGCUGAUGGAGCAGGCCUCCAAGAACCAAUUCCUCCCCGCCUUAUUGACGUCCAUCCUGACUAAUCAUCUGGCCUGGGUUCCCACCGUCAUGCCCAAUGGGCAGCCUCCAAUCAAGAUCUUCCUCGAGAAACACUCCUCCCAGAGCGUGGACAUGCUCGGAAAGACACACCCCUACAACCCACUCUGGGCACAGCUAGGGGACCUGUACGGGGCCAUUGGGUCACCAGUACGCCUGUCAAGGACAGUGGUGGUUGGCCGACGACAGGAUCUGGUCCAGAGACUCCUCUAUGUCCUCACAUACUUCAUCCGCUGCUCUGAGCUGCUGGAGACGCACAUGCUGGACAGUGCUGAGGAUGAGGCCAUCGUCAUGCCUGGUUCCCUCAUCACCACCUCCCUAAGGAAAGGAGAGGUGGAGGAGUCAGACUAUGUCCUUGUUACUGUCCAUAAACCCAGCGGGGACUACUUGUCCCAAGGGGCCACUGGCAAUCAGAGUGAGACCGAGGACAGUAGCUACCCCUCAGACAACAGCCUCCAGAGCAGCACAUACACAGACGCUGAGGUGGGGCAUGGUACAGAGGAUGAACCCAAGGAGGAUGACGAGGAUGAGGAAGACGAGGAGGACAGCAGUGAGAGUCAAGGGUCCAGGAGCAGUGUGCUUCAGACGGGACACAGUCAGGACACGAUCCCUGUUAUCAGGACUACAGAGGCAGCUGAGCCUGGGAAGCUGCACAGGGAGUCUAGCAACCCACUGGGCAUGGAGGCCCGACUGGAGACGGUGCUGUGCGUUGGCUCGGCUUCACCCAGGGAGCAGGUCUGUGUGCUGGAAACAGAGACCAAGGGCGAACUUACUGUCCCCUCCAUACCCUCAACCUGUGUAUCAUGUCCGUCCCCAACUCCCAGCACAGAGUGUAAGAACUCUGGGACAGGGGCUGGGAUGGAUGCAGACACGGGGGACCCUGUCACCAAAGUGCUGACUCCUCGGCCUUUGGGAAUCCCACUAGAAAAGAAGCCCCCCGAUAAGAACGUCUCUCCCACGGUGCCAGUACCAGUGAUACCCGGAAACAUCAAGACAAGGCCAAUGGCUUUGACUCUAACAGAAGAGGAGCCAGCGACGAAAGUCACUUUCCUCAUCGGUGACUCCAUGUCCCCUGAGUCGGACACAGAGAGCCGCAGAAGGAAGGUGGAGGAUGAGUUUAAAAAGCACAAGAAACACCUCAAGGACAAACAGCUGCUUCACCAGCAGCAGCUCAUGCAUCAGCAAUUACAGCAUCAUCAUCAUCAUCAAGCGCAACAUUAUCAACAGCUGCAGCUGCAGAGAGGAACAGAUUCAAAGACCAGCAGUACCAGUGCAUCAGAGGACCAAACCAAACAGACCAAGGCAGCUCCUGCCCUGCAGCGGGUGUCUAGUAAGAUGCCCCAGUGGACCUCAGCAUGUAUGGAGGAUUUUGAUGAGUAUUCGGACAACCCUGUGGAGACGAGGACAACAGACGAUGUGUCUAAACGACAGCAGGCCAGCACCACGGACAGCAUGCACAAAGACUUGCUGGACCCCUCGGGAGUCCGUCCGCCUGGUGACUUGGGAGUUCAGACUUUUCAGAGUGGAGGAGGAACUCAGGAUUUGGGUCUCUGUUUAAUUUCGGACGGGGAAGAGGUGGGGUCCAGCAGGAAAGGAGACACUUUGUUGGAUGUCCAGAGGAGGUGCAGAUGUGGUUCCACAGACUCCUCCGACAACUGCUGCUGUAGGGGCUGUUCUGCUGAGCAGGACAAGGGUCUCUUGUUGUCAGUCCCUGUCCCGCAGGAUAGAAACAGCAGCAGCAAAGAGGACCAAAAACAUAAGGUGGUCCCUAUCAACGACUGGGAGAUACCGCGCAACGAGAGCUCAGACAGCGCGCUGGGGGACAGUGAGAGUGAGGAGACGGAGGACUGGCAGGAGGAAGUGCGGGUGCCCUUCCCUGGGUCAAAGUUGGUGGAGAACUUCUCAAAGCCAAGCAUCGCCAAUUUUGGCAGGUCUCUGUUCGGGGGCUACUGCCCCACCUACGUGCCAGACUUUGUACUGCAUGGGCUGCCCAGUGACGAGAAGCUGCGGCAGUGCCUCACGGCUGAAUUAACCCAUGCUGUUCAGCAUCCAGUAUUGGAUGAGCCCAUAGCGGAGGCUGUCUGCAUUAUAGCAGACACAGACAAGUGGACGGUGCAGGUGGCGAGCAGUCAGAGACGAGCAACAGACGUCAACAAGCUGGGGAAGGAGGUCCUGGUGUCCAGUCUGGUUUCCAGCUUAUUGCAGUCCACCCACCAGCUCUACAAACUCAACGUCUCACCCAACUUUUGUAUAAUGCACCUGGAGGACCGCCUGCAGGAAAUCUACUUCAAGAGUAAGAUGCUUGCCGAGUAUUUAAAAGGCCAGACAAGAGUCCAUGUGAAAGAACUGGGCAUGGUCUUAGGGAUCGAGUCCAGCGACCUGCCCCUGUUGGCUGCCGUGGCCAGCACUCACUCCCCCUACGUGGCUCAGAUCCUUCUGUGAGACUAUAAAGACACUGAGGUCCCUGAGCAGCCCGAGGGAACCGGUCAGACCCGGGCGGUGCCACUCUGGCCCCGAAACACAGCUGUCCAUGCUCAGCUGCUGACCCUCCCUCCCCCCCGACAUGGUUUCCUGUCUGGUGUGCCUGGACUCGGUCGGUCUUUGCCCUGCAGGUCUGAGCAGAGCCCAUGUUAACGGACCACAGCCAGCGCCUCCCCUCACCACCCCUGUUGCUGAAUUUGGUGCAAUGCUGAUAUUGUGCCACAGUGGGGGGCUAGAGAGCAGAGUGUGGCUCUGCAGACGCCCGAGGAAUCCCUGAAACGACCUUCUCCUGUUUGAAUGUUUUAAAUCGGGACUCACUUUACUCUUUUGGACGCAAAAGCCAAAGACUUGAUUCAUUUUCCCAGUAGAAAAUGAAACUUUUAAGAUAUCUACAGAACAUUAACAAUAUAUUUUUGUUUCUUGGAACCGUUGUUUAUCUCUUUCUGUACAAUCUUAAACCCGCUCGCACAACGUGACGGACUCCAAGUUUAAAGGUAACAGAUGGACAUCUUCACACUUUGCUUUGAGGUAAAUAUCCUUGAGAACAUUAUCAAUCUCACGCCAAUUAUGUUAUGUUUGUUGUUUAACUUCAUGUGUUUGUUUACAAGCCAAGUUUCCCUGAGAUAUCGCAAAAAGAAUCUGACAAAUAGGAUUUUUAAUUACAAUACACACCUGACUCUAGCCUAUACCUAAAACCUAUGGUUUUUCGGAGAGGUGAACACCAUCUUUUUUUUGUUUUUGUUUUUCAAACUAAUUCUGAAAUGGCUAAAAGUGGCUUUGACAUUCUUAUCACAGGUACAGCACUACCUCAGAUUUUCAUAUGGGCUGUGGACGACCCACACACAUUUACAGCUGCCCCAUAGAAAACCGUGAGGUGUCUUUUUAAGAUAUUUUAAUCAGAGGAAUGUCGGGUGUCAACUGUGUCCAGACUCUAUGCUGUGUUCUUUGAAAAAGGGAAGUCUGUUUAAUUCUGUAGGAUGAUCGUUACGAAACGUGAAGAGGAAAACACUUAUUUUGUGCAUCAGAAUGUGAUGAAGACGUUUUCCUUUCUACUGCGGAAAAGCUUAAAAACAAUUGCACCAUCUACUUAUAUUUUAAAACUAAAUGCUGAGAUAUUUUCACACUUUUAUAGCUUUGCCACAUUUAUACAAUGUUUACGGCUUUGAUGUUUUGCUGCGGCGAGAGGAGACGGAACACAGUAGGCCUUAGAGUGGAUGUGUAUGUAUCGGUUAACACUACUGUAUUUUCAGUUUCUCAGACAGUUGUACUCACAGAAGACAAAAGCUAGAGUAGCAGACUUUUUUUUCUUUUUGUUUUCCUUUUGAUUCUCCACAUACCCCAGGUGGGAUCGCUAAGCUUGAUUCACUUUGCUAGUUUCCCGGUUUUUUAUUCUCACCUCGGCACAAAGUUUAUCCUGCAGCGGGGCUAAUGGAGCAGAACUUCUUUAUUCUCAGUCUUUGUUGUCGGUUGGUAUCGUCGAAAAUCGAACAAUAUUUUCUUUGUUUGAUUGCCGACAAAAUAGCAAUAGUAAAAAACUGAUUUAACACAAAAAAGAGAGGAACUGCUGCACUUCAGACGAUACCACAGACUAUAUCUAAAGAUGGACGACAUGACCGCUCCCCAACUGAAGCUAAAUGGAGACACUACAGGUCAUACACCCUGCCUCCUCCAUGUUAGUGGAUGGAAAAUAUAUAUUUCCCCCAAAGAUUGCUCUUGGCCUUUUAGGUCGUUUUUUAUCACACUGAUGUUUGUCCAUGCGAAAUGUGAUGAUUGACAGCUGAGACUGACACAUGAUUGGUCGAGCGCAUGUAUCUGUGGCUUCAUCCCCCAAUCGCUACUGUGCAGACCCUGGGCCCCAAUACCCAAGAUUUCUUUAUUACUUCUUUAUUACUUGAGAGUGGGAGGAAGUGGAGAUGUGUCGUCCAUCUUUAUUUACAGUCUAUGGUCCACACUGCGUUUUACCUCUGUGCUGAAAAUGUACCUUCAUGGCAAAGGUAAUGCGGGCUGAGGGUAAAGCGGUGCAGUGCAUUGGAAGCUCCUUAUUUUCAACCAUAUAAGGGGACAAAUCCCCAAUUUCGACAAAUCCUCUGUUAGUUAAAAGCGGGAAUAACUCUGUCGGUGUGAUGCUGAGAGUCGGAACCGCUCUAGUUUUCUUUCUGUUCAGCCAAAUCUCACCCUGAAUAUAACCCAAGUCUUAACGGAGAAGUGGCGUGAACGCUGGUGAAAACGCUUGUUUCUGUAUCGACAAUGCUCACAUCUAUCAGCCUACGUUUUGUACAACCCAGCCAUGAUGUUUAAAAAAAAACAAGUAAAAAAAUAUACAAAUUUAUAUCUUGCUUUUCCCUCUUUGUACAUGAAUAAAUUAUUGAGAUGCUGUGGUUUGUGUAAACUGUACAUACUCUGUUUAUUUCCACGUCAUUUGUACAGAAUGUCUUUUAAGAAUUGUAUCCUCAAAUAUUUUUUUUCCCAAUUUUCUGGGAAUGUUGUGCAAUAAAGAUGCCCGAUGUUGAGAAUUUAA